AGCGGGAGAAAUCCAGAGGAGACGCUGGAGGCGACGUUUCCUUCCUUCUCCUAAAGUCGGAAACCGAGGGAAAGUUUGAAUGAGAACUCCAACGGUUCUCGUUGUUCGGCCACACAGACAUGGCAACAGAUCUGGUUAUCCUGUCUCCGUGGCACAGGCGACGCAGCGAAGAUCGCAGCCACAUAAAGUCCCUACGAUUCCGUAUAUUUACAUUCACGUAUUUAUAUAGAUUUACAGAUGCCUGUAUCUUUACUGGACUGGAGGAAAACCGGGGUGGACAGGAGAGACGGAAGAGUUCCGGCUUCCGGACACAGAGAGGUGUGACGCGAGGAAGACAAGAGCAGCUGCGCUGAGAUCCAGAGCCCUCGGCCUCUACGUUUCCUCCCUUUUUUCCGAUGAAGCUCUUUUUCUCUCGUCUUUUCUUUCAUUCCCAGCGUUUGACAAGGAGGAGGCUCGCUUUCCACCGAGUCUCCAAUUCGCAUUUCUGAAGGACACUCAGGUAGAGAGCCUUCUGCUCGUUUCAUGUUCGUGACUCGUGUGUUGAUCUUCGUCACACCAUGGAGGAGAUCGCGAGCUGUCUCGAGUUCUCCGACUUUGCUUCUCUUUCUCGCUUCCACUGGAGAGAGAGACCCGGAUUCCUUCCUCUGCUUCCUCUCCUGCUAGAGCUGAAGACACACUAUGCGACGACGCCUCCUCAUCUCUCUGCUCUUUUAGAGAAAAUCGCUACUCCCGCACAAAUCACUUUUGUCGAGGCACUUUCGCAGCUCUCGGUCGACGACGUUCUCGCAUCUGCGCAGCCUUGUUCCAUUCGCGCUACUUCUGCUUCCUCUUGCUCUUCGUCGUCUUGUUCCUCUUCUGUCGCGUCGUCUCUUUCGGCGGGAGGCAGGCAACAGGGAGCUCAGAGUCUGGCUGCUGGCGCGAAAGGAGGCGAGACGGCUGUUCGUUCGGGUGUCUUUUCUGCGGAUCCUAAGGGCAGGCCUGCGGCAAAAAGAGAAAAGAGCGACGACGCAAGAGAGGGUGGAGACGAAGCGUCUUCUCUCGCUUCUCACCGACCAGAGGGAGUCGCCAGAGGCUCCGCAGCAUCCGAACCAUCGCUUGCUGCUUCUUCGUCGCGAGAAUGCACGACGCCAGAUCGACAGAGAAGUUAUGCAUGGCUCGUUUCUCUCUUCUCGACUUCUGCGUCCUCUUCUUCGUUCUCCUGUAGUUCGUCGUUGACGAUACUGCACGCGAGAAAUGUCCUUGCGCUCUUCUGUGAAGAUGUUUGCGCCGUGCUUUGCCACAGGCAACGUCCGACCUCUCUGUCGCGGUCAUGGCUGCCAUUUCUUCCGCUUUUGCUUCCCAUUUUUCUUCUUCAACUCUCUCCCCGCAAACUCCAGUUGCUGUCUCGACAGGCAACGAAAACAUAUGGGCACCAACACAGAGACAUCGCCUGUGGAACGCUCCCAGAGACAGCCCAGGCGUCGCCGGUUUCCUCUUCUGCUUCUUCCGCGCUUUCUUCUUCUUCUUCUCAUCUCCCUUCUUCUCUUUCCUCGUCCUCUUCUUCUGUCGCUGCUGCGGCUGCGUCGAGCGUGGAAGGGAGGAAGCGAAUGCGAGAGAAGGCGGAGAGUGGCGAGUUUGUCGGAGAGCAGGACAUGAAGAAGAGCGAAGAGCCUGCUUGCGGCGAAGAGGAGACAGAGAGGCGGAAUCCGACUUCGCAGCUGAAGUCGCGUGAGGCGCUGCUUGAGGGUGUGUCGAUUGCGAAGCGAGUGCAGAAACGCUCGCGCGCGCAGCGAGUCUCUUCGGCAUCAUCUGUCGCGGCUUCAACGCCUCGUCCCCCAUCGCGUUCGACCUUCCUCUUCGCCGCGGACUCGUCCUGUGCUUCGCGGAUGCCCCUCCUUGCCUUUGCCCUCGAAGCUCUCGCCGCAGACUGGCUCGAGGGCCAUGCCCGAAGUCUCUCCAUGUUGGAAGCGCAUGCAAGCGAGAGACUCGCGGAGAAGCGGAGCACAGCCGAGAGAGACCAAGACGCGGAUCCAGAGAAAGCGCUGAACGCGUGGAAAAACGCGACGAACUUCUUUGCGAUUCAGCAACUCGGCCUCCGGCCAGGAGACAUCCUUCUCGCUUUGCCCACAGGGGAGCAAGAUCGAGGAGACAAAGAGGCCUCUGCACAGACUCCAAAGCAAUGCGACGAAGGAGAAGGAGACACUGUCAGAGACACCAUCCUCGCGGCGCUCCUCCACCCAGGACAGCUGGAACGUGGACUGCACGUUGCAGAAACGCUGAUCGACGCUCUGUUGACGGUCUUCAGUUCGACUCCCUUCGCCUGUGCUUCCUCGUCGACGUAUGCUCCACCGUUUGUCUUCUCCUUCACCCAGAAAGUCUUGUCUGCCGUCCGCCAAGCAGGUCCUGCGUACGGGCAACUGCUUUUUCUGAAGCUCUUCGACGCGUCGUUGCCGCUGCCGCGGCCUGUUCUCCCACUGGCGGUUCUGCGUCUCCUCGCGUUUCCUUCUGCUGAGAAACUUCUGGAGGCUGUGCACACGCAAGCCUUUCCGCUGCAGUCUUUGCGAGCAGGCUCCUCGCUCUUCCCUGUCUCCGCGUUUGGGCGCGUCCUGGGCCGCUUGCCCGGUUCUGGGCUCGUGAAGGCCGAGCUGCUGCUUCUCUUCUUCGUCCUCAUGUACAACCACGAAGAGGAACAGCACCAGCGUUUUCUGCAGGACUCGCGCGCUCGCGCCGAGACAGAAAAGCGGAGACACGAAGAGCGGAGACGCGCGACCGGAGCCGUCCUCGUCGCGGCUGCCGGAGCGCUCACAGACGACGACAAGAAGAAAACGGAGGAACCAGCAAAGUUCCUGAAAUCCAGAGGAAAACCGUCGACGAAGUCUUCUCCGCCGCCGUCCGCUGCCAGUCGAUCCCCUUCUCCAACGCAGAGCAGAAGGGGAUCUCUCAGUCUCCCUUCUUCCUCGUCUUCUUCCUCUUCCUCUUCCUCUUCCUCGUCUUCUUCCUCUUCCUCCUCGUCUUCUUCCUCUUCCUCUUCCUCGUCUUCUUCCUCCUCGUCUACUUCCUCUUCUUCCUCUUCUUGUUCCUCUUCUUGCUGUUCCUCUUCGUCUUCUUCGUCUUCUUCGUCAUCUCUCGUCUCUUCUUCUUCUUCUGGCUCAUCUGCCGCCGGUUCUGCUUUUUCGACUUUUCUCGGGACUGGACAGUUCGACCUGUCAUCGGAGAGGGAGGAUGUGGCGUCUACACUUCACCAGUUUUUUCUGGAGGCUUUGUCUCCCGCGGGUGUCUCUGCUGUUCCGACUCACUUGCCGCUCGAAGCUAACCAGCGGUGCGGCCGUUUGUGGUGCCUCGUCGCGGUGGCGGAGAUGAUCGGCCUCCUCCCCGUGGACGCGCUGCUUCUCCCCGUUCGUCGCGCCUACCGCGCGAGCCUGCCGUACGCAGUUCUCUGGGCUCUGAAACUCGCGAGUCUCUCUUCUUCUGCUCUGUCGACGGAUCUAUCGAUCCACCCUUUGUCUCCUUCGGGGCCUGCGCCGUCUCCUGAGAUCGCGGCGCUGCUCUCUGCCUGCGAGUGCAUUUUGCUGAGCACACGCGCCUCCUCGGCUGUCCCUGGAGCUCCGUUCUUGCCUCCCGAAGUGGCGGUGGAUCUGCGGAGACAACUGGCACUUCUUCUCUUCAGUCCGCUGACGCAGGAGAAACUGCGACCAGCGGAUCCCCUCCUUGUCAAGCGCUCUUUGAUGCUUCUCCUCCCUUCGGCGAUCUCUCAAACGCCGUGGAUCGCCUCGAGAGCCGCCAGCCCCGUCCUCUUUGACUUUGUUCUCGGCGCCCUCCUGGAGCAGCGAGGCGACGAAGAAGAAGGAGAAGAAGGAGAAGAAGAAGGAGAAGAAGACAGGGAGUAUGCGGCGGAAAAUUGGACCCAGGAAGGUACCCUCCUGGGCGGAGAAACCGAGGAGAGUGUGAGGAGGAGCAGGUGGACGCGCGCGAGGAACUCAUUCUACAGAGAGCUGCAUCGGGUUGUUGGAGGCGGAGGACAGCAAUGCGAGGGAGACAGAGAGAGAGGCGGAGGGAGCAAAGAGGGAGGACUGAGGACCGUAGGCGAUGAGAAACAGGCAGGGAGCACACAGGAAGAGAGUGAGACAAUAGACGCGGACACAGCUGGAACCGAAGAGACACAGAGUCAACAGAGGGGAAAUCUUGCUGAAGGAGCCGCGAGGAAGAGAUUCGAAGCACCGACAACAGAAGAGAGGGACCGAGAACUUGGACGCGACCUCUUCUGGGAACCUACUUCCUCCUCUCUCUGCCUCACGCUCUCUUUCCGCCUCUACCGCUUUCUUCUCGCCUUCGCGAGAAAUGCUGUGGACGCCUCUCUCUGUCACUUGCCUGCCGCAACUCUUCACUGCCACGGAAAACUCGAGGGCGGAGACUCACACCUUCUUCCGUUCUCUUCUCUCCAGCGGUGGAUGCAGUGCAUCGAGUCUUUGUCGCAAAUCAUGUCGACAGUUCCUCCUCCGGAUCCACUCCACCACUUCUUUUCGGGGACAGACGACCAGGACGCCUUCUUCCUCGCUUCCCCUCUUGACCUGCCUGUCCUCUUUCGUUGCCUCCGCGCACAUACCUUCCCCUCUGCCUCUGAGUUUCUGGAUGGCGGGGCGAGUGCCGGAACGGGCCUCGGGAUCGGUGGAGCCCAGAAGGGUCUCCUUUUCUUUUCGGGCGCGGUCGGAAAAAGGGGACAGUACUUUGGGCGAGGCCAGCACCUAGUUGAAGCCGCCUCAGAGCAGAGACGCCGCGGCGCCGGCGUCGCGCUGAUUCUCUACAUGGUCGCAAGGCUUCACGUGCUGCCUUACUUCAAAGCGCGAGACGCGAUGUACUUGGCGAAGCUUCACAGCUUGCCGUGGCGGGGCCUGCUCGAGUUCUGCGCCUCCGAGCCGCUCUUUGGCCACUGGGCGCUUCGCUUUGUGCAAGAUGCCGUUGCGUCUGCGCUGCCAGAGGUCUUCGCUCUUCUCCAGCCUCGGCCCUCAGCAUGGCGAGAAGCUCUGGAUCCUGCGUUCCUCUCGCCCGUUACCCUAUCUCGAGUCUGCGCCGGCGACGACCUGCGACUGAAGCAACUCUUCGCUGAAGUCGCCAUCACACCCUUUACAGCAAACACCUGGACAGCUCUGCGAACACGCAGCCGGCUCGCCACCUGGUCUUCUUCUUCCAUCUCUUCUUCUUUUUCCAGUUGUUCUUCUUGUUCUCCUAGCGGCGAAGGGACGCUCGCGUUCUCGCCGGCGUCCCCACCGUCGGCGCUGGAGAUCUUUGCGUUUGCACGAAUGCAUCUGCGCAAACUCUGGAUCGACCUCGACCCGGCGGCGGAUCCUUGCACGUCUGCACUCGGGUCCCCGACAGAAGAAGAACUUUGUCUCCUCUUGGAGACGUGGCGACUCUACUCUUCUCUGGAGCCCAGUGUAGCUUGCCUCGCUCUCGCCACCGAACUGAUUGUUUCCUUCCUGCCCUCGUCGUCUUCCUCGACUUCGUCAUCGUCAUUUUCGUUUUCUUCUUCUCCUUCCUCCUCACCUUCUUCCUCUUCGUCAUUAGGGAACCUCUUCCUUCAUGCAUCCAGUGAAGAGAAGAGCGACGAGAAGCUGGGAAGGGUGAAUGGCAGUGAGCGCACAGCGAGGCCGGAAGGUCGAGGACUUCCGUUUUCCGUGGUUGCUCCUCAGUACUUCAACGUUUGCCAGAAUUUCUUGAAUCUUCUUCUGCGCGUCCCGGCCGCUGUCCUCUUUCGCCUGCUCGCUUUCAAUGUUCUCCCGGACACGAUCUACUUCUUCCUCCUGAAAAUGGAGAGCUACGUCUUCAUGGGCGCCCCUGUUCUCCCUGGCUUCCCCCAGGCUUUCUUUGAUCCCGAAGAAAUUCUCGCCUCUCAGGAAGCUGCGGUCUUUCAGGUUCUGCUGGAAGUGUGUCGCCUGGCGUUGCCUUCUGCUUCGGUUUGUUCUUCGCGGCACGACGCGGCCGCUUCCGGUGCAUGCGAAAGGCCAGCCAAAGCAGGAAAGGAGAAGCGUGUCAGCGAGACUCUUCUCCAGGCUCGAGUGCAGGAAGCCCGAGAGAUAGAAGGUCGCAACUGGGGCGUUUGGGAGCUUCUCUGUGGAAUCUUCGAUCGUCAACUGACUCGGCGACCGCAGGCGCUGCAGCUGUUGUUCUCCGAGGGAUUUCCCCUCGACUCCGUGAAUCCCGUCUGUCGCUUUCUCCAACAGUCUCAGCUUAUUCUGCCUCUUUGUGUGGCUGCACUCAAGGAGGCAGUCGCCGUGAUCUGGCGGGCGUCUGAAGCCUCCUGUGAAGCGCCGAAGCAGGACCCUGAGGGAUCAAACAUGGUCGCGAGCUACGAGCGCUUCGUGCGCUUGCCCGCGAAACCCUCCUCUCUGUCUGUCCACCCGGCGCUGGCGCCCCUAACGGUCGUAGAUCGGUGUCUCUUCUACUUCAAAUGCAUCACCUGCGUCGCUUGCGACUUGAGAGACAACGAAGCCUUGAAGCGAGAGGUUCCAGAAACGAACCCUGCAUUCGCCGCCGAAAGUGCCAACGCUGUUCUACUCGAAAGCGUCAAACGUAUUGACGAUCAAGCCUCUGAAGAUCUUUGCGAGUUGGUUGGGCAGGCGAUUCCGAUCGUCUUUCCGCUGUACUACCUCUUUCCGAAGCUCGCCGUUCUUGUCAGCGCCUUCCUCUCCAGGCGGCGCCUGCUAACAGGAGAGACGACCGUCGCAGCUCCUCCACAGAAAGACAGAGAGGAUGGAGAACCUGGGAGACGUCUGUCAACGGCUCGGGCCUUCUGCGAGGCUGUUGUCGAACAGCUGGAGACGGAUCUGCACCGAAUUGUGCAAUACGACAUGCAGGCUAAGGUCGCGGCUCCUCCAGUGCAGGGCGAAGAAGAGGCCCCGUGAAAAAAAAUACAUGACUCUUCAGGGGAAAACGAGGGACGACGAAAGUGAACAAAGAGUCACGCGAGAGGCAAUGAGAGAUACAAUGGAAGGCCACAGAAAACGAAGCAGCCAGGAAACGCCGGAGCUGAAAAAAAAGGGAGCUAACAGGUAGAGAUGUUUAGGAUGAAGAGUGGGUGACCGGAGGAGAAGAUGGAUUUGGAAACAAGCGACGUUUCGGUGCGCGAGGGAUUCACAGUCGGGUUUCACCCGUUGAAUGAAGAGGAAGUGGUACCUGCUAAGCAGUUGACUGUGGCAGGAGUACUGGCAACGAUCUUUUCGUUUGGAAGAGAAGGGGCGCUUGUUUACUGUGACAGGAUAUUGUGCCGAAGUAUCUGGCCUAUUACGCCUUCCUGCAACUGAGACGCAGACCGUAUUGCGGUCUCGGUGUACGCUUCUCCUUCGGUUUCGUUUUUUUCCUUCCGUGCUGUCUCUACGCCUGUCUCUCCUCUCCGGCUG